AGAUAUGUCUCCAACGGUGGGGUUCUCAGAUGUUUUCUUUGGCUCUUGGAGCCUCGAGAAAACGGAUAACUACAUGUCUCAUUGGGUGCCAACUUCAUAUAAAGUAGCUGUCGCCUACUUGUUGGCAAUUUAUCUCGGACAAAAAGUAAUGCGAAAUAGGAAACCACUUGAACUUGAUACGCCAUUAGCAUUGUGGAAUUUCAUGUUUUCGUUGUUUUCUGGGGUGGCCGCCUACAAAUUGAUUCCUGAAUUAUUAAACGUGUUUAACAAUGAUGGAUUUGUAGGCACAUAUUGCAACAAUCACGAUUAUUACACAAAUCCCUCUACGGGUUUCUGGGGAUGGGCGUUUGUCAUGUCAAAAGCUCCAGAACUUGGAGACACGAUGUUUCUAGUUCUAAGGAAAAAGCCCGUGAUUUUCAUGCACUGGUACCAUCAUGCAAUGACAUUCGUCUAUGCCGCUAUCACUUACUCAGAACAUCAAGCUUGGGCACGAUGGUCUCUAGCUCUUAACCUCACUGUCCAUACUAUUAUGUACUUUUACUUCGGAGUACGAGCGCUCAAAAUACAGACUCCUCGACCAGUGGCGAAGUUCAUCACCACUAUCCAAAUUGUUCAGUUUGUUGUACAGUGCUACAUUUUUGCACAUUUGGUCAUCAUCAAGACCUAUAAUCAGAUUCCCGACUGUGCUGUAAGCUGGAAUGUGUUGACAAUUGGUGGACUCAUGUAUCUCAGUUAUCUCUACCUCUUUGCCGAGUUCUUCUACAAUGCCUACAUAAGAAAGCGAUCACCCACGAAGACGACGAAAGCACAAUGAUAAUUUCUUUUGCCUCCAAGAGGACUUAUGUGUUGAACAUAAUUUUUCACUAAAUUCGUUUCACUCAAAAGGACAUCUUAUGAUGCUGACGGUGUAGAUCUCGAUUGUAGAAUGUUCGUAAUUAAGAUUGGUAAUUCAUAGUCAGGUUCGUUUCGACAAAGUCCAAGUCAUGUCUUGUUACGAUUCAAUAUUGCCGGGAAGUAAUGAAAAUCUAGAUGAUUG